GCACUCUUCGAUCACAAGCACCAGAAUCUGCAGACAAUCUUCAAACAAGCCAUACAUCAGCACAACUCAAACGCAUCGUUGAAGUUCAUUGUGGAGACGGCACAGGAAUUUGUUGAUCAUAACGACCCGACGCGUGUUGUCCGACAGUUGCAAUGCCUUCAUUUCAAUCGAGGCAUAUAUGCCUUUCUCGCACCACAUUUCGAGGCCUAUGCUUACAAGUCUGCCCUUUCCUUCGCUAAUACUUAUCGGGUGCCUCUUGUGGGCAGUUCUCCCCUCUUUCCUCAUCACGAAAAGACUCAUUUCACAUUGAUCGCGUAUCACAUUCAGGACACGGCUAUGGAAAGGCACACAUUUCACUACUUAUUGACUAAUUUGGUGUUGAGCGACUCGUGGUCUAAAGAAGUUCCGGCGGCUUUCAAUGCCGUCAAUAUAACGAGUUUCGCAUUGCCUUCAGAUCGCAAUGAAUUGCGAAAAUUGAUUCAAAUGAAGACGUCGUCAGCGAAUGCGGUGAUAGAGGAAGAGAAGACACCGACACUGGAAGAGAGUCUCGCAUUGGACAGCACUCGGGUUUUGUUACAGGCAUUCAAUCUGAUAAUACAAUCGCAGAUAAAUAUAACGAAAGCGUUGGAAACAGAAUCAGUCGUUUCGACUGUCAAUUUCACUCGCAAAGUGAUCGAUCCGACCUGUCCUACACUCAAGCCAUUUAAAUUUGGCGAAAUCAUUGCCAGCCAUUUGAAAAUUACUUCGAUGAAUGGCAUAACCGGUAAUAUAGAGUUCCACAGCACAGGACUCAGAAAGAAUUACACGAUUGAAGUCUUUGAGAUCACUAAUAACGGCAACUUUGAAAAGGAGGAACCCUUUCUUAUGCUUAAGAAAGACAACUCUCUUUCGGGAAACGAUCGGUUCGAGGGCUUCGCCGCCGAUCUGAUGGCAUCGAUCGCCGAUACGCUUGAAUUGCAAUACAAAAUACAAUUAGUUAACGAUUCAAAGUAUGGUGUGUUUGAUGGGAAGUCCAGUUGGAGCGGAAUGAUUGGCCAACUCAUACGACACGAAGUCCAUAUGGCGAUCGCACCGUUGACUAUAACUAACGAAAGGGCUUCAGUCGUUGACUUCAGUCAUCCGUUUAUGACAAGCGAUAUAACAAUGAUGUUUAAAAAGCCGAGUUCUGGACCGCAGGAUAUGUUCCCAUUUGUGAGGCCAUUGAGUAAAGAAGUUUGGGCUGCGAUAGUGUUGGCUGUGUUUGUGGUGACCGUAAUUUUCUAUGUGGUCUCCAAGUUAUCGCACGACAGAAAUGUUACCGAAACCAAUCAAAGCGAAGGCAUCUCCUUGUGCUCGAGUCUGUCCUAUUCGGUCGGUGUACUCGUCUAUCAGGUGUCCGGCAUUUAUCCGCAUUCAGUGUCCAGUCGUAUCGUAUCAUCCGUUUGGUGGCUCUUUGUCUUCAUUGUCGUCACUUCCUAUUUGUCUAAUUUGACCGCAAAUUCAGUCUUAACUAAAAUGAAGUUCACUUUAUAUCAUAUUACGGGAAAAUAUGAGACUAUAAGCGAUGGUUUUCUUUAUUACGACCAAAUGCCGGUUCCCAUCAGUUCUUUUGAUGAUUUGGCGAAACAGAAUGUCAUUAAAUAUGGUUUGUUGAGGAACUCAUCCACUCAGACGUUCUUCAAAGAGUCUCAGAAUCCAGCGGUGAGUCGGAUGUGGGCAACGAUUGAGGCCAGAGAUGACCUUCUGGUCGACACUUAUAGCGAAGGAGUUAAGAAAGUGCGAGAAUCUGAUGGACAGUAUGUCUUCAUAAUGGAAUCGCCGGCCAAUGAUUAUCUCAAUGACCGCCAGCCCUGUAAUACAUACAAAGUGGGCAAACAUCUGAAUAUUGUUGAAUAUGGUAUAGCAUUACCCCGUGGAUCACCUCUCAGGGAUAAAGUGAACUUGGCCAUAUUGAUGCUUAAAGAUAAAGGAGUUAUAACUAUGUUGAAAGAUCGGUGGUGGAGAGACAGAUCUCAAUGCAAAUACCUUGAUGUU